CGGAAGAUACGACAAUACCUCGCUUGCUUGACCUUUUUUCACAUCACUGACCAGAUAGUCCAUCUUGAUGACUACCUGACUACAUAACUUGCGAACCACCUUCCUCCCAAUCUUGAGCACCACACAUACCUCCUCAUCGAAUCGAAUCGCAACCGGCCGCCUCUCAAGUCGAACUUCCACGAUCUCACAUCCUCUCAACGAUCAACGAACAAUCAAUCAACUCACCAUUGCAUUCACCUUACCUCGCCCAUCCCAACAUCACCCAUCCCAUACCAUCUAGAAGACACACACACACACACACACACACAAGCAUCAGCGAACACAGACAGGGAAACACAGUUUCCAGAAGGUUUCCAAGAAUGUCCUCCAACGUCGGCCUCUCCACCCCGCGCGGCAGCGGCACCUCGGGCUACGUCCAGCGCAACGCCGCCUUCAUCAAGCCCCGCUCCACGGGCUACGGCCAACCGUACCCGCCCGUCUCGGGCGCCAACUCGGGCGCCGGCGCCGGCGGUGGCUUCAAGCAGCGCGUGCCGGAUCGGCAGAUCCUCGAGCAUGACCGGCGCCGUGCCGUCGAGGUCAAGGUUAUGGAGUUACGGGAGGAGUUGGAGGAGGAGAAUGAGCGAUUAGAGGAGGAUGCUGCAGCUGCAGCUGAGGAAGGGAAGAGGGGCAAGGGGGCUGGGGAGGGGGGGAAACGGGCGCUCUCGGAGGAGGAGAUCGAGGAGCGGUGUCAGCGGUUACGGGAGAGGUUGUUGAGGGAGUUGGAGGAGGAGGAGCGGCGGGCUGCGGCGCGGAAGGAGAGGGAUGCGGGCAGGGCUGCGGCCGGGGAUAUGCCUCCUCCGUCCAAGAAGCAGUUCAAGUCGUAUCAGGUGCAUGAGUUGGCGGAGGCUAAGAUUGAGGAGAGUGAGCGCUUGAGGAGGGCGUUGGGGAUUCGCGAGGAUAGGGAGACUGGGGAGAUCUCGGGGGGGAGAAGGAGGGAUUGAUUGUUGGACUGGUUGGGUGGUUUUACUUGAGGUGGUGGAUUCUUCUGAUGAUUUGGCUUGUAUCUGGGGUCUAGGGAAGGGAGGAUUGAUGGGUGUUUGGGCGUUAGAUUAUGGAUCUUCUUUUUUAUUUUUUUUUAUUUUUUUUUUACGGCGCCUCUAAGCAGGGUGAUACUGCAAUACUGAACCUUCGAUGAUCAGACACAGCUGUACAUUAACUAUAUGCUC